AUGACCAUGAGGGGAGAUGGGUACCGCGGCACCGCCGGGGUGCGAGUCGAGCCCUUGUCGAAACAGCUUCCGCCUUAUCCUCAGAGGCAGCUGUUCAUACUUGCAAUCUGCCGGAUAUGCGAGCCCAUCGCUUUCAUGUCCAUAUUCCCUUACAUCUUCCACAUGGUUAGGGAUUUCAACAUUACAGAAGAUGAGAGCAAAAUUUCAUUCUAUGCUGGCAUGGUUACUUCGGCAUUCACCUUUGCCGAGUUUUCGACUGGUAUGCUAUGGGGACGGCUCAGUGACAAGGUCGGGAGGAAGCCCAUCUUGUUAAUGGGACUGGCUGGUACCGGCAUCAGUGUCCUUGUGUUUGGCUUCGCGCCAAACCUUCCGGUUGCCCUCUUUGCUCGCGCACUGGGGGGUCUCUUGAACGGCAAUAUCGGAGUAUUGCAAACGACUGUGGCAGAGUUGGUCCCUGUCAAAGAGCAUCAGCCCCGAGCAUAUGCGGUUAUGCCGGUUGUGUGGUGCUUAGGGUCGAUACUCGGGCCCAUGAUCGGAGGGGCGCUCGCAAAACCGGUCGACAACUUGCCAUCCAUCUUCUCGCCUGGCAGCAUUUGGGACAAAUUCCCGUACUUGUUGCCCAACCUGUUCAGCGCGGCCUGCGUAUUCGUCGGGGUGGCAGUCGGUGCACUGUUCUUGGAGGAGACGCACCCGGAGAAGAAAUGGCAGCGUGAUCGAGGAAUAGAGCUGGGAAGUUACCUGGCUAAGCGUAGCGAGGAGCUUCGUCGGUACCUGCUCUCGUAUUUGCCACGGAACCGAACCGAGAUUCGACGAGGGAAAGCACCAGAGGAGCGCCCUCUUCUCUUUGGAACCGACGAGCCUUUGCCUGGGUAUUCCACGUCGGAAAACUCACCACAAAUGACGUCUGCACCGGGCCCAAGUUUACAAGAUCCGCUCAACCUCGAAGAGACUGCCCAGGAUGCCUUACCGAAGCUGGAGAAGAAACCGGCAAUGAAGAUAUUCACCAAACAAGUGAUCCUCACCAUCGUCUCUUAUGGCGUUCUGGCAUUCCACACCAUGACAUUCGACGCACUGCUCCCGGUCUUCCUGAGCACGAGCCCGAAUCCUCAGCCAAUCUCUCUCCCCUUCAAAUUCGCCGAUGGCUUUGGAUUAGACACUCGGACAAUCGGCGUCAUCUUGUCUGUUCAGGGGCUGUAUUCCAUGGCAUCGACAUACUUCCUGUUUGAACGCGUCGUUCAAAGGUUCGGGGCACUUCGACUGAUCCGACUUCUUUCUACAUCAUAUCCUCUGCUUUACUUCGUCACGCCAUACAUGGUGCUCCUGCCUGACUCCCUUCGGAUGGCAAGUGUAUACGUCAUUGUGGUCUGGAAGUGCACAUAUUCGACAUUGGCAUACCCGAGCAACGCCAUGCUCCUAACCAACUCGGCGCCGUCAACGUUAUCUCUUGGCACGAUCAACGGGGUUGCCGCCUCGACUGCGAGUUUGUGCCGUGGCUUCGGACCGAUUAUCUCAGGGCUGCUCUACACCAUAGGCAUGGAAAGCGGUUAUUCCGGUCUCGUCUGGUGGGUCACAGGCUUGAUAACAAUUGCCGGGGCCUAUACUAGCUUCAAAAUCUCGGAGCCCAAGGCGAGGAUGGAUGAGAAGGAUGACAUCGAGACGACGACCACUGCGCCGAUGGAGCCCCGCGAUGUUUUGGCCGAGAAUACAACCCAGACGUGA